AUGUACGCAUCUGGUUUUUCAGAAAGAAAGAACUCUCUGUACCUGUACACCUCUCAUCAUGGAGAGAAGAAUCUUUUGUUGGAUAAUUUUGCUUGGGUCUAUUUGUCCAUCUCCUCUACAAGCUACAACCACAACAACUCCAUCUACAACCACCACGACAACUCCAGCAACAACCACAACCAUUCUAACCACAACUCCUUCUACAAUAACCACAACUCCUUCCACAACAACCACAACAACUCCAAUCCCAAUCACAACUCCAGCCACAACCACAACAACUCCAUCUACAACAACCACAACAACUCCACCCACAACCACAACUCCAGCUACAACCAUAACAACUCCUUCCACAACAACCACGACAUCUCCAACCACAACUCCAGCUACAACCACAACAACUCCAUCUACAACCACCACGACAACUCCAGCCACAACCAUGACCACUCCAGCCACAACCACGACACCUCUAACCACAACCACAACUCCAGCGACAACCACAACCAUUCUAACCACAACUCCUUCUACAAUAACCACAACAACUCCUUCCACAACAACCACAACAACUCCAUCUACAACCACCACGACAACUCCAGCCACAACCAUGACCACUCCAGCCACAACCACGACACCUCCAACCACAACCACAACCAUAACUCCAGCGACAACCACAACCAUUCUAACCACAACUCCUUCUACAAUAACCACAACAACUCCUUCCACAACAACCACAACAACUCCAAUCCCAAUCACAACUCCAGCGACAACCACAACAACUCCAUCUACAACAACCACAACAACUCCAGCCACAACCAUGACCACUCCAGCCACAACCACGACACCUCCAACCACAACCACAACCAUAACUCCAGCUACAACCACAACAACUCCAUCUACAAUAACCACAACAACUCCAAUCCCAAUCACAACUCCAGCCACAACCACAACAACUCCAUCUACAACAACCACAACACCUCUACCCACAACCACAACUCCAGCUACAACCAUAACAACUCCUUCCACAACAACCACGACAACUCCAACCACAACUCCUGCUACAACCACAACAACUACAUCUACAACCACCACGACAACUCCAGCCACAACCACAACCAUUCUAACCACAACAACUACUGCACCAAUCAUUACUACUGCUCCGACCACGACAACUACUGCUCCGACCACAACUACUACUGCACCAACCUCUACAACUACUGUUCCAACCACAACUACUACUGCUCCAACCACAACAACUACUGCUCCAACGACAACUACUACUGCUCCAACCACAACUACUGCUCCAACCACUACUACUGCUCCAAUCACAACAACUACUGCACCAACCACAACUACUACUCCAACCACAUCUAAUACUGCUCCAACCACAACAACUACUGCACCAACCACUACUACUGCUCCAAUCACAACUACUACUGCUCCAAUCACAACUACUACUGCACCA